AUGAAACGAGAGAUCAAUUUGCGUGAGAAACCUUCGACGUUUUGCGUGGUCUCCAAGAGGUUCCGCAAGAACUACAUCCACCGCUUCACGGCGACGAACUCGUUCUUCAUCUUCUCGCCGUGGAACUCGUUCCGGCGCACGUGUAUAUUCCUCUCCACGAACCAGUACUUCGACUACGUGGUGAUGGCCACCAUCUUGCUCAACUGUGUCUUCCUUGCCAUGACCGAGACCGUAGAGGAGGCCGAAUAUAUAUUCCUCGCGAUCUACACGGCGGAGAUGAUCAUCAAGUCCAUAGCGAAGGGCUUCAUCCUGAACAAAUACACGUACCUGAGGAACCCGUGGAACUGGCUCGACUUCGUGGUCAUCACGUCGGGCUACGCCACCAUCGGCAUGGAGGUGGGCAACCUGGCCGGCCUGCGGACCUUCCGUGUGCUGCGGGCGCUCAAGACCGUCUCCAUCAUGCCAGGCCUGAAGACUAUCAUCAACGCCCUCCUCCACUCAUUCAGGCAAUUGGCGGAAGUCAUGACGCUGACGAUCUUCUGCCUGAUGGUGUUUGCUCUGUUCGCGCUGCAGGUGUACAUGGGAGAGCUGAGGAACAAGUGCGUCAGCCGAAUGAACACCACCAACGUCACGCACGCCGAGUUCACCGAGUGGAUAAGAAACGAGGACAACUGGUUGUACAACGAAGAGGACGAUCCUGUCAUAUGUGGCAACACGACUGGUGCGAGGCACUGUCCGGCAGGAUACUUCUGUGUUCAAGUCGGCGAAAACCCUAACCAUGGUUACACGAGUUUCGACAACUUCCUCUGGUCCAUGCUCACAACAUUUCAGCUCAUUACACUGGACUACUGGGAGAAUGUAUAUAAUAUGGUACUCGCGUCCAGUGGGCCAAUCAGCGUUGUGUUUUUUACGGUAGUUGUAUUUUUCGGUUCUUUUUACUUGAUCAACCUAAUGUUGGCUGUGGUAGCGUUAAGUUACGAAGAGGAAGCGGAAAUCACUCAGGAGGAGAGGCGAAAAGACUUGACGGAUCACAGGGACGACUCGACGUUCAGCUUCGACCCAACCAAAAUCAACGUGAAGCAGCUGGAGAAGCACAAGACGAAGCGCAUCGACUCCCGCAAGGGCGUGCUGCUGGCGUCGUACGGCCGCAAGAAGACGCGCCGGAGGAAACGGGGCACGAGGUCCGGGGGCGGUGGCGGGGGCGGCGACAGCGCGCGCGGCCGCAGCAGGUCGGCCACCCCCAGCCCGCGCCGCGAUCAGCGCCCGCCGCCCCCCGCCGCCCCACAGAAGGAGGCGGCCGCCCCACACCUCAGCCCGCCCGUCACCAGCCCGGAGCCCGUCCGUCCCGCCGACACCCCGCGCUCCGGAAACACCCUCGGUCCUCCUCUCAGAGCUCAACUACAUGCAAGUAGACAUCCUAGCAGUAACAACAGUGAUAGUAACAAUCGAGAAUCAUCAUUAGAUGAUUCAGGGGUAGUUGAUGACCAUGAAGAGGAUGUUACAUCUGAAGAUGUUGCUCAGAUGCCAAAUGUUACACAAAGAGCCGAACCUGUGACAAUUUCUUUGAGUCCAAAAGAAGUUAGAGUGAUAAAAUGUAAUGGUGUCAGCCCAGGCCAUGGCCCAAGGAAUCACCUGUAUACACUUCCGCCAGAUUACCUCUCACACAUUGUGGUUCUUGAUGACCUGCCUGACAGAAACUGUGAUAAGUGCACUCAGUGUUGUAUAGACUAUGAUGGGUGGCUGCGCUUCCAGAGUGGACUGUACAAAGUAGUACGGGAUCCACUGUUUGAGCUUCUCAUUACUCUGUGCAUCGUUCUGAACACCAUGUUCCUCGCUAUGGAACAUCAUGGUAUGAGUGAGUCUGUUCGACAGGCCCUGGACAUAGGCAAUAAAGUCUUCACUUCAAUUUUUACGUUGGAAUGCUUCCUUAAACUGCUAGCACUUAGCAAAGAAUUUUUUGCUUGUGGAUGGAAUAUUUUUGAUCUUAUCAUCGUCACAGCAAGUUUACUGGAUCUUGCUUUUGAGCUGGUAGAUGGACUGUCAGUCUUGAGAGGUCUGAGGCUGUUACGGGUACUAAAACUUGCACAGUCAUGGACAACUAUGAAGGUGCUACUGAGCAUUAUUAUAUCAACCAUUGGUGCUCUAGGAAACUUAACAUUUGUGUUAGUGAUUGUAAUAUACAUUUUUGCUGUUAUUGGUAUGCAACUUUUUGCCAAAGACUAUACAAAGGAGAGAUUUCAUCCAGAUCCUGUGCCAAGAUGGAACUUCACAGAUUUCUUCCAUUCUUUUAUGAUGAUAUUUAGAAUUUUAUGUGGAGAAUGGAUUGAGCCACUGUGGGACUGCAUGAGAGCAGAGAGUGAGGAGGGACCUGAAACUUGCUUUGCAAUUUUUCUUCCAGCACUUGUUAUGGGCAAUUUCAUGGUGCUGAACCUCUUCUUGGCUUUGUUGCUCAAUAGUUUUAAUUCAGAGGAGCUAAAAUCAAAGAAAGAGAUUCUGUUUUAUAACACUCCACAUAGCCUUUGCUUACCCCUUCCCAACCACUGUUUCCCUUACAGAGAGAGAGAGAGAGAAGUUGGAGAAGAGUCAAAACUGGUGAGAAGUUUUGAACGCAUUAGAUCUAUUGUAAGGAAGAAAAGACAGGCACGAGAAAAGACUGACAAUGAACAAAACAUGCGACUGGAGCAAAUGGUACGAGAAGUUAUGACAAGGCAUGCAGCUGAAAAAAGAAAUCCAUCCAGUGUUCGUGAAACGAUUAUAAGCAUUCCAGAAAAGAAGCAACCUCUAACAACUGAAUGUUCAGCAAGCCUGCCUUCAGAUGUCAGUGAUUCAAGAACGUCCAAAGAUGCAGAAAAUCAGGAGAAAAAUGUCAUCACUAAAGAAAUUAAAAAUUCUCCAUGUAUCACUAAUAGACACUCUGUAAACAUUCCUGCUAUCUCUCCAAAGCCAACAACUGAGAAAUAUCAUUCAAUGAGCGUGCAAGAUUCUUUAAACAAACAUGCAGAAGAGAAGCGAUAUUCAUUAGUACUUCAGAAAGCUGUUGACCUUGAAGACACAGAGAUUGAGGACCUGAUCAACAACUCUGAAUCCAGACUGCAGCAUCAAGAGACGGCAGUGCUGGAGACAGUCCAAGAGGCAUCCGAUACUCCAAAACACACUGUCCACAAACAGCUCUCUCUUGCAACUAACCAAACAAGUAGCAAAGAUGAGUCAAAUGCGGAGGAGAGCAUAGAGCUAGAAGUUCUUAAUAAAGGUCCAGGAGAAUUAGAGACAAUGUUGCCAACAGCUGGAGAGAAAGGUGAUGAUAAAACUGCCUCACACCCUUGGCAUGCUCUAGUUUCUUAUGUAGAUGAACUUACAGUUGGUGGGAGGCGAGAUUCUCAGGGGCGCUACAUUGAUGGCAUGGGCAGCUUUCCGGGGUUCGGCCGAAACAAGAUCAUGAAGGUUCCACAAGAAUGCUUCCCUCAACAUUGCUAUCAACGGUGUGCAUGCUGUGAUCAGUGUCUUGAAACAAAAAUUGGCAAGAAGUGGAUGGAAAUUCGUACACAGGUUCUUUCAGUUGUGGAUACACCAAUGUUUGAGUGGUUUAUUUUAGUGCUUAUUUUUGCAUCGAGUAUAACAUUGUGCUUUGAGGACAUUUACCUCGAUGAAAAUGUAAUGCUACAAAAAAUUCUUUAUUGGACAAAUUUAGGAUUUUGUGCUUUGUUUAGUGUAGAAAUGAUGCUCAAAUGGAUUGCACUUGGAUUCUGGAAAUACUUCACAAGUUUCUGGACAAUUCUUGAUUUUAUUAUUGUUUUUGUAUCAAUAUUUAGUUUACUAAUAGAGGAAAAUGAAAAUCUGAAAGUUCUGCGGUCUUUGAGAACUCUUCGUGCCUUGAGACCACUGAGGGCAAUUUCGAGAUGGCAGGGAAUGAGGAUUGUCGUGAAUGCACUCAUGUAUGCCAUUCCUUCCAUUUUCAAUGUACUUCUUGUGUGUCUUGUCUUCUGGCUUAUAUUUUCAAUCAUGGGUGUGCAGUUUUUUGGGGGCAAAUUCUUCAAAUGCCUUGAUGAGAAAGGAGAACUUCUUCCUGUGGAGGAGGUGAAUGAUAUGCAGACUUGUUUAUACAAGAAUUACACUUGGGUUAAUUCUAAAAUUACUUUUGAUAAUGUUGGGAAUGCCUAUCUUGCACUAUUUCAAGUGGCAACUUUUGAAGGAUGGAUGGAGGUAAUGGCUGAUGCUGUUGAUGCAAGAGGUGUUGAUCUUCAGCCACAGAGAGAAGCUAACUUAUAUGCAUAUCUUUAUUUUGUAAUUUUCAUAGUCUGUGGAUCAUUCUUCACACUUAAUCUCUUCAUUGGAGUCAUAAUAGACAAUUUCAACAUGCUCAAGAAAAAGUAUGAAGGUGGUGUUCUUGAAAUGUUUCUCACUGAAAGUCAGAAGCACUACUACACAGCCAUGAAAAAAUUAGGCAGGAAGAAACCACAGAAGGUGAUUAAGCGACCAAUGAAUCAGUUCCUAGCGAUGUUCUAUGACCUGUCAAAUUCUAGAAGGUUUGAAAUAGCGAUAUUUGUUCUAAUUUUUUUAAACAUGCUAACAAUGGGUAUUGAGCAUUACAAUCAGCCACACGCUAUAUUUUUUGUACUAGAAGUUAGUAACGCCUUUUUCACUACUGUUUUUGGACUUGAAGCAAUUGUGAAAAUAAUAGGUCUGCGCUACCAUUACUUCACCGUUCCAUGGAAUCUGUUUGAUUUUUUACUUGUAGUAGCAUCAAUUCUUGGCAUUCUCAUGGAGGAUAUCAUGAUUGAUUUUCCUGUUUCACCAACACUAUUAAGAGUUGUAAGGGUUUUUCGUAUUGGCAGGAUACUUAGGCUCAUCAAGGCAGCUAAAGGAAUACGGAAACUACUGUUUGCUUUAGUGGUUUCACUGCCAGCGCUCUUCAACAUAGGAGCUCUCCUGGCAUUGAUUACAUUUAUUUAUGCUAUUAUUGGUAUGUCUGUGUUUGGACAUGUUAAACAGACUGGUGCCUUAGAUGAUAUGGUUAAUUUUGAAACUUUUGGGAGAAGCAUGCAGCUCCUUUUCAGGUUAAUGACUUCAGCUGGUUGGAACGAUGUUCUCGAAUCCCUGAUGAUUCAGCCACCAGAUUGUGAUAUAAACUUCAACAAUCAGCCAAAUGGAAACUGUGGCUCUCCACUUCUUGCAAUAACAUACUUUACAAGCUUUAUUAUUAUUAGUUAUAUGAUUGUUAUUAACAUGUACAUUGCUAUUAUUCUGGAAAACUUCAACCAAGCUCAUCAAGAGGAGGAAAUUGGAAUUGUUGAAGAUGACUUAGAGAUGUUUUAUAUACGCUGGUCAAAGUAUGAUCCACAUGCAACACAGUUCAUUCGUUUUUCACAACUUUCAGACUUCAUUGCAAGUCUUGACCCACCACUGGGUAUACCUAAACCAAAUAUUGUGGCACUUGUCAGCUUUAAUCUUCCAAUCGCUCGAGGCAACAAGAUUCAUUGUUUAGAUAUUUUGCAUGCCUUAGUUAAAUAUGUUCUUGGACAUGUAGAAGAAACUGAAGAGUUUAAAAAGUUGCAAGAUCAGAUGGACAUAAAAUUCAAGAAGCAGUUCCCCACAAGAAAGGAACUGGAGAUUGUGUCUUCUACAAGGAUAUGGAAACGACAGGAUAAAGCAGCCAGGACAAUCCAGAGGGCCUUUAGGGAAUAUGUAAGGUUAAAACGUGAGAGGGAGAGAGAACCCCUUGAUUUGGAGGACGAGAUGACUCAGACAUCAAGCCCCGGUGGCUGGCAGAGUCGCCUUUCAGCAUUCCUUCACGUACACCGUGGAAGUCGUGCAUCGUCCAGAAAGUCUUCUCGAGCUUCUGAUGCCAGUGACUUAUCAGAGCUUGGAGGAGCAUGGCUCAAUCUCCCACUAUUAUUUUUAUCAAGUGCACAUCAAGUAGUGGCCGGUGGUGCUAGUGGAGUAUCAGCUGAUGAAUUAGCAGAAGCUGCAAAUGGGAAUGGUAAUGUAUGUAUAAUGGUUAGUGAACCUUCGCCUGAGACAGGACCAGUUGGUAUAGACACAACUACUGUCAGUGUGCCAGACACACAGUGUGCAAGUACUACAGUGGGCAAACAGCCAAGUUCACAGGAAGACAGUGAUAGCACAAUCGCAGUGACCAGUUCCUUACCAGAAAGUGUUGUGUCUCCAGUGGAAACAAGGUUCACUGAAAUGAGGCCAAGUGACACCAAUGGUUGUGUUACAACCUCCUUCCCUGUGACUGAAAAAACUAGUAACCAACGAGACAUGGAGUGCCAUAGAGACUCUGUCUUCUUUGAGAGAGGUUCUAUGUCAGACAUUGCAAACAUUCCUAAAGACAGGCAUCCACUAGGCCUUUUGCCAAGUGGUAAUGUGCUGUCUCUGUGUCCUUCAGAAGUGAAUGGUACUAAAGACUGUAGCUCAGCAGCAAGGCCACUAUCUGACACUUCUGUAGAUCCGUUAGAGAAACACCCAACGAAACUCACACCAGGAGGCUUGUCACUGCCACCGUGCAAACCAUCAAUAGCUGUUGAUGAUCCUCUACCCAUUCCUCCUCCAAUAGAGAGGCGUCCUCUAAGAGGACGAUAUGUAGGUGAUGCUACAGUUGUGCAUGUUCUGGUUCACAGAGAAUCAGAAGAAGCCUCCGAAGAUAAGGGCAGCUGA